GGAAAUGCGGAAUUGCUCAUUGAGACUUGAGAGCUCAUAACGAUGCUGCGCAAUGCCCGGUUCCAGCUUCUCACUUCACUGAGGCCACAGUUCGAUCUGAGAUACGCAGAGCAUAUUUGUCCGUCGGCCGUAGACCCCAAAAGAAGAUGUUUUGUUAGGCUUUUUAGAUUCAGUACUCGUCUGAGCGGAGCUUGGAGGGAAGUGAUCGGAAUAGAUUUCGGAACUACCAACUGUCGUGUGGCUGUCAUGGAGAAGGAUGGAAAUCCUAAAAUGAUUGAGCUUUCUGAUCGAAAAAUAUGCAUGCCAUCAGUGGUUUCUUUCGAUCAAAAUGGGAAAACAAUUGUUGGAGCUCAUCCAAAAGAUGCCAUCUCAGAUAAAACUGUAAUUGGGAUCAAGAGAUUGAUUGGCCGUUCAUAUGAUGAAGAUGCCAUGGAAUUACAGAAGCUGAAGAAAAUGAUUCCUUAUGAGAUAAUCCCACCAGAUUCUGAAGAAGAAGAAGAAGAAGAAGCUUGGAUCAAAUUAACCAAUGGGAAAAAGUACUCCCCCGCCUAUAUAGCUUCCCUUAUCAUUGGCAGAUUGAUUGAUGAAACUGCUAAAUGCCGCGGAAACACAUAUGCUUCACAUGCAGUAAUUGCCGUACCUCCAUUCUUCGAUCAAGAUCGAACUUUUGCUUUAAGAGGAGCAGCAGAACGCCAUUCGCCAUGCGUGGAUGUAAUUGAUGAGUCGCUCGCUGCUUCACUUUACUACUUGACAAAGACGAACAGACAAAAAGGUUGCUUUGCUGUAAUAGAUCUCGGUGGAGGAAGCUUUGAUAUCUCCAUUGUUAAUGCCUCAAAUGGCUUAUCCGGGCCUGAUAUGAAGACAAUAGCUACAAAACAUGUUGAUUCAGUAACCGGCGUCGACUUAGACCAUGCGAUAAUGGAAUUAUUGUUGAGGAGAUUGGAGCAGGAAACAGGGGAGAAAAUCCAUAAGCUUGGUCUCUCUGCUCACUCAUCAGUUGUUCGGAGAGAAGCCGAGAGAGCAAAGAUCGAAUUUUUUUCCUCAUCGGCGCUUCAUAGCAGGAUCAACCUGGCUGUUAGAUGUGUACAAGGAAUUAGCGAGCAGCUUGAAAUUUGUUUGGAAAGAUCUGAAUUUGAGGACUCCAUGAAAGAGGCGAUCUUGAAGGUGAAAGAUUUGUGCUGGAUCUGUUUAAAGGAGGCAAAUAUGAAACCAAAACAAGUGGAUGAGAUUAUUCUUGUGGGUGGUAUGAGCAGAGUUCCGAGAGUUUGGGAAAUAGUUGAAGAGAUAUUUGGGAAGAGACCGAGCGAGGAGGUGAAUCCGGAUGAAGCUGUGGCUUUGGGAGCUGCAAUUAAGGCUAAUCUUAUUGCAAAUAAAAACGAAAAUCUUGUAAGUUAUUCAUUGUAACAAUUUUUCUAAGUAAUUUCUUAACGCCGUUAAUGGUGCUAAGAAAUUAUUAGGAGAAAUUUUUAGCAGAUUUUGCUAAUGACUGUAGAAGUUGUUUGGGGAAGAUUGUAAUUUUGUAAUUUGCAGUCACGAUUAAUGGAAACUAUUUGGUUAACUUA